AUGGUGUGUGUUAAAACCAAGAUUGAACCGAACACCCAGGUAAACCCUGAGUAUCCUGCCAAGGACAAGUCAGUUUACGACGCAGUGCAAGAGCUCGGAAACCCGUCGUACCAUUUGAUCCCAGUCCACAAUGAAGAUCCAGCAACCAAGUUAUCAGUCAGCAGCCAGUCAACGGUCAUUGUGCACAUUCGCUAUAUCGUCUCAUCAUCGACGACAUCAACGCCAACACCAAGCAAGAAACCUGUCAUUUGCCCCAAUUUCUUUUUGUCGGGGGAGUUGUUUCGAUGA